CAUAAUCGCGCUGCACAUGAACGCAGGUGAGGAAUGAAUUCGCGCGCACUGGCUGCUCUGCCUUACCUGUGUGCGUCUCUGCGAGCGCGUGGGGACAGGACGCACGGCUGGUACAUACACAGCAAGCUUUAAUCCUGCAAAGGUUAAUAUUGGCCAGACUUGAAAAGGAAGGGGACAUUUUAAAAACAGUUGUUCGUGCAGCACAACUCAAAUUGAAUAUCGACAGCUCUUACACUUGCCAGCCAUGAGCAAAUCGGGAGCAUCCAAGUUAAAGAAGUUGUUUCUCAAAACAAAGUCGCAAGAAAAACAGGACAAGGAAAAGAAAGGGGAUGGAAAACAUGUGCCCAGCCACAAGGAUGGAGCACCCGCGAGUCCCAGCGAAAGAGAAGCAACUCUGUCGCGGGACUCUGGACCAGCGAGCCCAAACGAAUCUACACUGCCGAGAGAUGGGUUACCCACCAGCCCCACCGAGUCAAAGAAAAAGCGAUUCAAGUCGUGGCUUAAAAAGAAAGCUUCACGGGACCGAUCGCAUGACGACCCCCUGUAUUUCACCGACACAGAGGACCUCGAAUCCAUGAGCGGCGACAUGUGCUUCGACCAGGUGAGCGUGCAGACGGAGUACAACGUGAGGAGCGACGCCACCUCACCCCUCUACACGGAGUCUGCUUCUAUGUUCGACUUCGACAUGGCCCACCAUGGCGGCCCCACCUCGCCCUCCUUUAAAUCCAGGAAGAACUCAGGGGAGAAGGGUGGAGUCUUUGUCCGCAUUGGGAGUUUUUUCACCAAGCGAAGAAAAAGCAGCAAGAGUCACUCCGAAACGAGUGAGGAUGCAUCGCCGGCAAGUGCCAGGGACGCUGAACGGCCCGAUGACGAGGGGUCCCGUACCCCGAUAGGGAGCCCACAGGAGCAAGCGAAAAGCGUUCACACCACAGACAAGCCGAUUCAGAGCAGCUCCAGUGUCAGGAGUAUUAUUUCUGCCCUGGAGGCGGAUGAUCUCCCGUUUGCAGACAGCGACAGCAGUGGGCGGAGCAGCGUGAGGGAGGUGCGGCCGCGUGAGGGGGUCAGCUGGGAAGCAGGUGGGACCAGCAAGGAGGACGAGAGCACCAGCAAUCAGAGCACGGAGCCUGCUGUGCAGUCCCCAGAGCUGUAUAAGAAGCUGACUGCUUUCCUGGAGGAGACCAGCGUGACCAACGGCACAGAGGCCCAGGACAGUAGGCUGGUCAUCCAGAAAACCAUUAAGAAAAACUUUGAGGUCACGGCCAAGGUGGGCUCCAAGAACACAAUCCCACCAGAGUUGCCUCGUAGUCCUGAGGGAACGGAGCGGAAAAAGACGUCCCUCAAAACAGCCGUCGGCAGUAAAGGCAGUUAUUCCGCGCUCACUGGAGUGACCCUUGGCCCGCAAUCCAGAACCCAGUCUUCCUCUGAGGUCCCCCCAGAAGUGGUGGAUAGUGAGGUGAUGGGGAGGAAAAAUUCAGCCAAGAGGAGGGCCCGGAAGGAGAGUAGCAGGUCUGGCGAGACCACCCCGACUCAUGGUGCCUGCACGCCGGCCUCACCUGAAGCGGUUAACACGGUUACGAGUCCCCACCUGUUGUGGGUGGAGACUCACCUGGGAGAGGCAGAGGAAAUACAAUGCUCAGGGUCGUCCCCGGCCCGUCAGGACUCUGAUUUACCUGCACCAGCAGUGCCUGCCGUUGUCAGUGGUGAGGAGGGUGCCAGCAAUCCAGGCGCGGCCGUCCUCUCUCUGCCAGGAGCCUCUGGCAGCACGCCAUCCACGGCAGUCUCCACAACACAGGCGUCCUGGCACGAAGAGGCAGACAUGGCUGAGCAACAGGAAGCAAGUAGUACAAACACAAGCUCUGCCACAGAUGCCGAGAGCCCCGUCCAGGAGUACAGAACCACAGAGAGCGGUGAAUCCAAGCGCAGGAGCAUCAAACUGUCCCAGAGUCAGAAGAUCUUCCCCAAGAAGGUGUGCGUGAGUUCGGACCAAGGCCCGGAGGAGGGUGAGCAUGCUGAAAAGGCUCCCCAAAAAGGGAGAGAGGACGCUGAAGUUUCGACAAGAAUCCCUCAAAAGUCCGAAGUCAAACUGACCCCAAACCUCAAAAAAGUGAAUUUAGAAAUCAAGCAACCAACACAGCAGCGGAGUGUUACCCCAGAAAAGAGCGGUCCAAUCAAGGGAGGGACUGCUAACCAGACUCGUGGUGUCAUUAAGGGGGUAGACAGUUCCUCAAAGACGGGCAAGGCACCCACAGACGUGGCUGGCUCAAGCAAGAGUUCUCAGAGCAUCACCAUGGCAGCAAAUAAGACCCCAUCAGUUGAUAGUGAGAGUUCAGAGGUCAACAACUGUACAUCUCCUAUGACAUCAGAACAUGUGGGGAAAACAGGGAACAAGUCAAGCCCAUCAAAGCCUAUGAGCCCAACCUCUCCCACAGUAAUGGAAUCCAAGACGGGCGGCACAAAGUCGAAGGACACAGAAGCACCUCAGGUAGAGAAUGGAACCAUGCUCCCUUCAAAAGCAGGUAGUGAAGGUGCCCUGUUACAAACACCUGCUUCAGUGGACCAAUCAGCGACAGAGCUGUCACCAGUGGACAAAACCAAUGACACUGUCAGGUCUAAAAUCCCCAAGAAGAUUUUCGUGGAGGCAACGUCAAAAUCGUCUGCAGCACUGGAACCCACCUCUCCAACUGAUGUUUUUGUGUCACUGGGGGACCCAGCAGACUCAAACACAGGGAUGCAAAGUGAAGUGGAAAAGGUGGAUAGUCCACCAGCUGGCCACACCCUGAAGGACCAGCAUCCCACAUUGACUAAAUGUGAACAGUCUGAAACGCAGUCCGAAAACGUAAAGACAUCUGUCUUGUCUAAACAGCAGCCACGAGGACCUUCCAAACCCCAGGAGGACACGCCCACCAGGCUAGGAUCUGCAUCUAAGCCAGCAGUAGAUGGAGAGGGCCAAAUCACAGAGGAUAAACCUGAGGUGGGCUCUGCAGCAGAAAGGAAUUCCCCUGAGCGGGACUCUGGCACUCUGAAUGAUGAUGCUGUUAAAAGACCAGCACAGAGUGAAAACAGUCUGAUCCCCAAGAGUAAACUGCCCAAAGCCACAGACCUUGUGGUGUCUCCAGUCAGAAAGACCAGCGACAGCAAACCCCCCACAAGUGAUCAAACCCCCAGAAAAACAAAACCCAGAUGUCCAUCACCUAAAACACCUGACAAAGUGUCUCCUGCUCAGCUGAGCCUAGGAAAGCAGGAAACCUCUGACACCACAGGGAAGAGGGCUGGAGGUGAAACGUUAGCCGCUGUACCAACAAGUCCAUUGAAGGAUGCAGCCGGUGGACCGCAGUCAGGAAGUAAACUGCCCCGCCCCACCCAGACACACCUUUCUAAACAGUCAUCAAACGAGGAAGCGAUCUCUGACUCAGUUGAGUCCCCCACGCUGGCCUUGCAGUUAGACAACAAGCUAAAGAAGUCUAAAGACUCUGCAAAGAUAACUAAGCCACAAAAUGACACCAGAGCAACCAAAGAGGAAAAGCCUGUUGCAAAGGUUGUUAAAGUCAAGUCAGAUAGUGGGUUGAAAAGCCCAACUGAUAUGUCACAGGGUGGGACCAAACUGCCUAUGGCAAGUCACAAAAGCCCCCCAAAACCAAAGCCUAAAAAAGACUUGAAGAAACCUGAGCAAACAGUUGAAUCUCCAAAAACACCCCCUGUGUUAAAAAGGAAAAAUGUCAAACAGUCUGAAAAGGCCCACAGUACAUCUAACAGUCAGGCAUCUACCAAACAGGUUGAUGACCCAGUUCCAGCAGUCACUGAAAUAAAUGAUACAUCUGGGGCUAAUGUCAAUAGUAUAACCCAAAGAAAAUCUAAUGAGGAGGACAAGACUUCAUCUGUUCUUGAAAGUAAGACAGUAGGUGUGGAGAUGUCUCACACAGAGGGUCAACAGACACAAACAGAGAAGCCUCAGCCAGCAAAGAGUGAGUGCUCACCUUUGAAGGCCAAAGUAGGAAAACUGCCGGAGGGUGAGCAGAUAGAUGAUACAGCAUCUGCCAGCGCCGCUGAAGGGAAAAGCACACCUGAGCCGAGCCCUGCCUCAGCAAAGAUUGAAACACCUGUAUGUGUGGAAAUGGCAAGUGAAUGUGCCAAACCUGAGCCAUCUGAAGCCAAUGUCAGUGUGUCCGAGCUCCAAGCUCCAGACCAGUUGAAAAACCAACCACAUAAAAUUGUCCCUGAUGCACCUCAGGAGGAGUUGUCAAGUGUGGAACAGAAGACUGACAAGAAGGUAGGGCCUGUAGAAAAUGGUCUGGAUAUAGCAGCCAAGACCAUACCUGAGACCGUCGCCAUGGCAACCAGCUCAGAGGUGGAUGACAGGCAGGUGCAACAGGUAUCUGUGAGUGAAGCACACAAUAGCGAGCAGGAAACCCCUGAUGGUCCGUUGGCUCUGGAUAACACUGACAGGGUGGGGAAGAUGAACGGGGGGGAGAAGACAGGUGUCAUCAUGGCGGAGGUUUCUGCUGCAGGAGGGUCUGCUGUAAACGGCACCCUCCUCCCAGAGAGAGAGUCUCCGUCACCUGCACUGGGGACCUCAGCUGAGGGGGACAAGGCCAGUGUAAACAACAAGGAUGUUCACAAAGAUCUGAUUACGUCACCUAAGAGUGCUACAGAAAAGCAGGCUGAGGACAGGUCACAUUUAGGGAGAGAGCUGAAGGGGCCAGCAAAGGGUGCACAGAGAGGGGCAGAGAAGGAGAGCACAGUAGCAGCUGUCCCAGUUAGCAAAAGCAAGACCAUGGAGCCCCUCAAAGGGCCAGGGCUUAGGCUUCAAGAGAGAUCUGAGACUACUCCUCAGCAGUCCCUGUCAAACAAGAGCGUUCCUCCCCCUCGUAGCCUCCCAGCUCAGCAGGAAGCUCCCUCCAGCUGGUUAGACGUGGAGAAGAGCUUCACCAGGAAGCAGAGCAACAGCGAGAAGAAGUUCAGUUCUUCCGCCAGUGAGGAUGGCUCCCUGGACCCGUCGGACGAGUUUGAGGAAUUCAUCCAGAAUGUGAAGAAGAUGGGAAUUCCAUUCUCCCUGCCCCCGAAAAAGCACAGCCACAGUAAGGCUCCCUCUCCCCCCUUCGCCAUGCCCGCCAUCAAGGAGGACCGCUUCGAGAAAGCGUUUGAUCCUGAAGAGUUCCUGUUCGGGCAGGGGAAAAAGGCAGGCCCUAAGGACCCUUCCCCAGCCAUGAUCAUCAAGAGGCAGAGCACAGAAGUCAAAAGCAAGGUCCAGCACAAGAGGGUCAGCGCUGAGCAGAGCAUGCUCUUCAAAGCACUCCAGUCACCUUCCAGGAAUCGUAGAGGAAUCCAAGGAGCUCAGGAGAAAGAAGAGAAAGAGGAGGAGGAAGAGGAUGCCAGAGAGGAGCCAGGAAAGAUGUCAUCUCGUCUGGAGAGGAGCUCCUUGCUCUCAAGCCUCAUCGGCUCCUCCAAGACCUCCAAGAAGCCUACGAAUAAGCCAGAAUCUGCUCUGAGCACCACUGUUUCCCCAGCUGUGUCCCAGGAGCAGUCUCCCCCAGGAGAGCAAGCCACCAUGACUCCAUCCCUCCCUGUGCCAGCAGGGACAGAUCAGCACAUGUCCCAGGCUGGGAUCAGUGACUCAGUGCUGAGCCCCUCCUCGCCUCCUCCCCUCCCUUCCUUUGCAGAGGUAAAGCUUCCAGAUCACCUGGAGAGGUACCUCACCCAGGACAAAGCGGAGUUGAGAAACACAGAGGGCAAUCGACAGAACUCAGAGGUGGGUUCUCUCGCUCCAAGAAUGGAGCAGCUCGAUGGCACCAGCCGCCACGCCCUAGACACCAACCCACCAAAUGUUCCGGGACUGCUGCCCAAAUCCAACCUGAUCCAGCAGGCCUCUCUUCCUGGUCUCCCAGAAGCACAUACUGAGAUACCAGCCGUGAGAGGGUUCCACAAACGCCCAGGCAAGAUUGUCAUCCAUGAGCAUGCUCAGUUCGGUGGGCAGGCUUUCGAGAUCUUCAGAGAUGUGGAGGAUGCAACGUCCCUGAAACUGUCCCCUGUGAUUUCAGUCAGGGUGGUAAGGGGAUGCUGGAUCCUGUAUGAGAAGCCAGAGUUCAAAGGUCGCUCUAUUGCCCUGGAAGAGGGGACCAUGGAGCUGGUGAACGUGUGGGCAGAGGAAGAGGUUGCUGGUUUGCCCGGGCAGGCCAUCCCCACCUCCCCCAUGGUUAUCGGGUCCAUCCGGCUGGGUGUCAGGGACUACAGUGUGCCCCAGGUUGACCUGUUCACGGAACCACAGGGUCUUGGCCGGCUCACAACUUACUGCGAUGACACUAUAGAUGUCUGUGCUUUCGGGAUCCUACAUGGAACCGCAUCCAUCAAGGUGCACUCUGGGGUCUGGUUGGUGUUCAGUGAACCUGGGUUCCACGGUAUGCUAGCAGUACUAGAGGUGGGAGAGUACCCCUGUCCUGAGUCCUGGGGCUUCCCUGAACCCUUCAUUGGAUCCCUGCGACCCCUAAAAAUGGGUGGUAUAAGGGUGGAAAAUCCCAAUGAAGUCAAGGCGCUGGUGUACGAGAGGCCUCUCUUCGAGGGAGAAUGCAUGGAGAUCGAAGGCGAUGUCUUCAGUUUCAUGGAGGCAGAAGAGGAGGGUCCAGAGACCUCAGCCACGGGAGUGAAGAAGCUGAGUUCUGUCGGCUCCAUCAAAAUUCUUGGGGGGCUGUGGGUGGGCUAUGAUGAGCCAGGGUUCGAAGGUAUUCAGUACAUCCUGGAGGAGGGGGAAUACCUGGACUGGAGGGACUGGGGGGGACGCGGUCCCCGUCUUGAGUCUUUGCGACCCGUGCUGGCGGACUUCCUGUCUCCACACAUGAAGAUGUUCAGUGAGCCAGACUUUGGGGAGCGAGGGGUUAACGUGGACCUGCUGGGGCCUGUCAUCAACCUGGAGGACAUAGGCUAUGGGCUAAGGACGCAGUCUGUGGAUGUCCUGUCUGGCGUAUGGGUGGCGUUUGAGAAUCCCAGCUUUUCCGGAGAACUCUACGUCCUGGAAAAAGGCCUCUACAGUUGCCCUGAAGACUGGGGAGCUCAGAACUUCCGCAUUUCGUCGGCACAGCCUGUAUUUCUGGAUAAUCUCUCCGGAUCUCCUAAAUUUAAGGUCCAGCUGUUUUCAGAGCCCAAUUUCCAGGGCUCGGUCCAGGUUCUGGAGGACAGUGUGUCGGAGCUACCGGAUGGUUUCUCUCCAGCGUCCUGCAAAGUUCUGGCAGGCAGCUGGGUAGCAUUUGAGGGCCAGAAUUUCACUGACUGCAUGUACGUGCUGGAAGAGGGGAACUACCCUGACUGUGAUGCCAUGGGGUGCCAAGGACCUGAUUCUUCAAUUCGCUCCCUGCAAACAACUGGAUUUGUGUUCUCUCUCCCCUCGAUCACGUUGUUCUCUAAGCCCAGUUUCAGAGGGAGGAGGAUGGUGCUGAAGGGUGAGGUGGUGAGCCUGCAGCAGGCCGGUGCAGACGGCCGCGUCCAGUCCGUGCUGGUGGACGGAGGAAUGUGGGUGUUGUAUGAGGGAAGAAACUUUCAUGGCCGUCAGAUCCUGCUACAGCCUAGUGAUGUGGGAGACUGGCGCAGGUUCAGCGGCUGGCAGCGAAUCGGAUCCCUGCGCCCACUGUUCCAGAAACAAGUGUACUUCCGGCUGCAAAACAAAGAAACAGGAACGCUGAUGUCACUCACCGGGUCUCUAGACGACAUCAAGCUGAUGCGUAUCCAGGUGCAGGAGAUAAUGGGCGGACUGGACCAGAUCUGGGUGUACCAAGAUGGCUUCCUACGGUGCAAGUUGCUGGAGGACUGUUGCCUUGAGACGACAGGGAGCGUUGUCAUGGCAGGCAGCCGUCUUGGCAUCUCUCCGGAGCCUGGGAAGGAGAAUCAGUUCUGGAGCAUCAGUUCGGACGGGGUGAUCCACUGCAGCAUGAAACCAGACCUAGUGCUAGAGGUCAAAGGGGGCCAACAGUAUGACAAAAACCAAGUGAUACUUAACACGUUUGAUGAAAAGAAACUGAACCAAAGAUGGACUCUGGAGAUCUUGUGAAGUAGUGACACAGAGCUAGAGAGGGUCUGAGGAGAGCUCCACGUUCACCCCAGUGCUCUCUGGUGCAGCUCCACGCUGGGCCUGAGGACUCUCUGGUGCAGCUCCAUGGUAGGCCUCAGGACCCACUGACAAACAUGCUAAGUGAAUGUCGUAGUGGGUCAUUGUCAACAUUUCUUGUCACGCUUUCCCUUCUGAAACUGCUUUAUUUCACAAAUACUCCAGGCUCCAGAUGUUGUACAUCAGUCACACUCUUUGCUGUGCACUGAACACCAGGUCCGCUCAGGUAGAAUUUGCACCCUAUCUCACUAUUUCCAGCAUCCAUGCCUUUGAAAUGUUCUGUGUGAGAAAGUUGUUUACAGGCUUCAUAAUUUGACGCAGUAGUGUGAGCAUAUUUUAAUUCAGAUGUUGUCAAAUACAGGCAUCUGGAACAAGUACUGUUGUUUUGUUUAUUGAUUCAGUAUGCUAAAAGGGAACAAUUUUGAGUCAGACACAGUUAACAUGCAGGCAAUGUAGCUGAUUGACUCAUUCAUUAAGCUGCACCACUGGCAUGCUCAGCCAAGAAGCUCUCGAUCAAAAACAGACAUCGUCUCUCUUCCCGUCUCUCUCUCUCUCUGUCAGGAAACAAUAUUUUUAACAUAACUUUUAAUAAUGAAAUGCUCAGGGGAGCAAUCAUCCAAAACCUGGAAGCCUUAAUACGCUGUAUUUUAAGUUAAUGGACAUACAGUAUGUCAUUGAAAAAUGACAACACAAAGCAGCCUUACAGUUCUGUAAAUAACCUGUUAACUCCGCAAAGCUUCAUGUUACCCUACAGCGCUGAUGGUGCAGUUUGAGCCGGCUGCUCUGAACAGAUUCACUGUGAGCAGAUAUUCAGUGAUUGUAUUAUCUCUGCAUUCAAAUGCGCACAUAGUGUCAGUGACUUUGUCAUGGAAAUCUGGAAUUACUCCUGUUGUAAGGACUGGAAAUAGCCAUCAGGAUUAUUGUAAAAUACCAGGAUUCACUGCUUACCAGCAUUGCCCCUGAUGGAUUAUUCCUACAGAAAGCACAAAAAACACUUUUUGGGCUUAAAAGGAAAUAAGAAAAUGUCUAGUUCUUUUGUAAAUGCUGCCUUUGCCAUUUUAUUUUCCCAGAAGCCCUUGGGUGAUGGCAAGUCAAACUAACACAACUCACUGGAGAAAUGUGCUCAGUUUCCAGUCAUCACCAAAGUAUCUCAAAUGAUGUGACAAAUUAAUAAGGACAAUAUAGUUUAGUUUUGUAAGACUUAACACACUUCAGUAAGGUUUUUCUGACCACAGAUGCCAAGUCCACAUUACAAAACCGAGUUCCUGUCCACUGUAACCCAAUAAUAUUGUGAGGAUUUGCAAAUUCUGGAAAACUGAAAUGUAUAUACAGUAAUUGCAGUCAUCUCAUUGACUUAUAAAUAUUCACCACACAUGCUGUAAUUUACUGUGUUAAGAACUGUUUUAUAGUAUUUGCAUUAUGUCCUGGUGUAAAAACUCUAAAAAGAUUAAAACCAAUUUUAGUAUUGUCCUAAAAAUUAUUUUGUAUGAAAAUUUAAGAAUUUAUGG